CUCCCGUCGUCGUCUCCCCUCGCCUCAGUCUCCUCUGUCCUCUCCCAGGCGAGAGGACCGGCCGGGCAGCUCUCCCGAGUCGGAGACUGCGAGAGAGGAGCCCGCGAGCAGGCGGCGUCCCCUCUCCUCUCCCCGUCCCCUCCUUCCUCGCACACGGGCGGCAGCGGCGCGGAGCUCCAGAAAGUUGAGUCCUCCCAGCGAGGGGGGCCCGGACCUCCGGACCCAGCUUCUCUCCUUGCGAGGCGCGCCUCCUUCGGCUCCAGCAGCCCCUGCGCGCCGGAGCCGCUCUCCGCAGAGCCAGAGGGCAGCGGGCCGGCCUCCCGGUGCGCGCCCAGGAGAUGGAUCGCCGGUUCCGGGCUCAGCAGUGGCGCCGAGCUCGCCACAACUACGGCGACCUGUGCCCCUCCAUCGGCCGCCGGGCCGCCACCGCGCUCCUCUGGCUCUCCUGCUCCAUCGCGCUGCUACGCGCCCUCGCCACCUCCAGCACCCGCGCCCACCAGCGCGCGGCCACCCAGCAGCGCCGGAGCUUUCUCAACGCCCACCACCGCUCCGCCACCCAGGUGCUCCCCGAGCCCCCCGAGGCCGUGCCCGAGCCGGAGGGGGCAGCCCGAGCCCUGCCCCUCCCCGGGUGCCCGGAUUACGAGGAAGACUUCGACUACCAGUCCGAGUCCGAGUCCGACUUUGACUCGGACUUCGACUUCGACACCGAGACGGAGACCGCCCCCACCACCGAGCCCGAGACCGAGCCCGAGGACGAGCGCGGCCCCGCGGCGCCCAAGCAGAGCACCUUCGGCCAGUCGCUCACCGAGCGCCUGUACGCUCUGAGGCUGCGGAGCCCCGACGCCUCCCCGAGCCGCGCGCAGCCCAGCACCCGGGAGCCCCAGCCCGAGGACAAGGCUCGCAGGGGCCCCGAAGAGUCUGCGGAACCAAAAAGGGAGAAGCCGCAGCAGCGCCGCUGCAAGCCCAAGAAGCCCACCCGCCGAGACCCGUCCCCGGAGUCCCCUUCCAAGAGGGGGCCCAUCCCCAUCCGGCGCCACUGAUGGAGGACUCGGUCCAGAUUCUCCUCGUUUUCUUUGAU